AUGAGUCCUUCAUCUACCACCACCAUAGCCCGCUUCCUUCAAGUUGGCAUAUUCAAGGGCAAGAAGCUUCAAAAGGUUGAAGUUGAAAUGGAAUCAGAGCGAGAAGAUAACAUAUAUAAGCUCCAGCACAAUCGUGAAAAAAAGGCCCGGCGUCACGGUUGGGACAAGGGUAAACGUGAACUAAUUGAUGGGUUUCUCCGACUUGAGCGCCGACUUCGAGAAAUUACUCAAAGAGAGAUUCUUUUACAAGAGAAAAUGAAUCAAAACGACUUCAAGUCAGAUGUCAAAGAAGUGGAAGAAAUAGGAAAAGAGCUCGAAGAACUUCCAGCAGAGUUCUUCAUGACUGAACAAGAAAGAAAAAGUCUAUGGCCAAAAUUGAGCACCUCGACAAAAAAGGGACUUAACCUAUGGCGACCACAGCCUGAAUGGUAUCUCCAUAAAACACUUGUCCAGGAUUGUGUUGAUAGAGGCGGAUGUUGUGGUCGAGCUUGUGGAUGCUGUCAAAAGCGCAAGCACCAACUUGAACCUAACCGCCGGUUAGGAGUUGGUCAUUGUACAGUUGAAUGUGGCUGUUGCGAAGCAGCUCAUGGCUUUGCCUUUACGGAUAAACAAAAGGAGACCAUGAAAUUGUAUUAUCCACUGAACCCCGAUAGUGAUUCUAAAUACUUUCGGAAGAUUAUGCUGGCUUCGAAGUAUGGUCUUAUUGAUGACUGUACUCAGCGCCCAUUUGAUCUCAUUGAUAAACCGCCAAAACAUGAGGAGAUUCAAUGGGUUUGA